CAUCAUCGUCAAGUUUAAUUGCAUCUUAGUCGCAAAGUUUCUUCAAAGCCUUUAGGCAUCAGCGGAGCCAAAUAUUAAGGCGACAUUUGGAGCAUAAGAAAUAAUUCUCUUCCUGUGAGAAUUUAACUAUCUCCAGUGAAAUUACCGCUAAAUUCGUUUGGAAAUCAUGUGUUUCGAACAAGCCGGCCCUAAAACGUCUGCGCGCUCAUUCCGUCGAACACCUGUUGUACACGCACGCGCCGCCGCCGCCUUGCCACCGCAUUCAAUCCAAUGCGCCGCUUCUGCCAUAUCCCCCGCGGCCGGCGAGCGGCCGCCGCAUCUAACAACCAUCAGCUUCUUCCCCCGCCGGAGUGGAUCGAGCCGUACGCCGACCUCUCGGACCCCAGCCCGUACGCCUCCGCCUCGGCCGCCCCGCCCACCCCGUCGCCGUGGCUCCCCCGCGUCGUCUCCCUCGUCCUCCGCUCCCCGCCCGCCACCCUCGCCGCCGACCUCCGCGCCUUCUGCAGGACCUUCCUCCUCCGUCUCUCCCCCGCCUUCGUCGCCGCGGUGCUCCGCUCCCCGCAGCUUGUCCCCCACCCGCUCCCGUCGCUCCACUUCUUACGCUCCCUGCCCAAUGGCGCCGACCUCCUCGCCCACCCACAGCACCUCCUCAGCUGCUACGUAUCCAUCCUCCACUCCUUCGCCCGCUCCAGGGAGGCCGCACCCGACGCCGCAGGCCACGCGCGGCAGCUCGUCGCCGAGCUGCGCGCGCACGGGGACGCCGUCCUGCAGCACCUCACGCCGCCGUCCUCGGCGUCGCUGAUCCGCAGUCUCGCGGCCCUCGGCCUCUCCGAGGAGCUUCUAUGGGCGUGGCAGGCCAUGCGCCUCGCCGGCGUCGAGCCAUCCAGGCUCACCUACAACUGCUUGCUGGAUGGCCUUGUCAACGCCGGCCUUUUUGACACUGCCAUCAACGUGUUCGACGCAAUGUCCACGGAAGAUCGAGUGCGCCCCGACGUGGUUUCGUACAACAUUCUCAUCAAGGGGUAUUGCCGCUCCGGGAGAACGCAGGAUGCAAUGGCACGGCUCGCAGACAUGCGGGAGCAGGCAGAGCUUGCUCCGGACAAGGUGACAUACCUUACACUCAUGCAGUGCCAUUACAGUGAGGGUACCUUUCCGCAAUGCAUAGGCUUGUUCCAAGAAAUGGAAGAGAGGGGAAUGGGGAAGGAGAUACCUCAACAUGCUUAUGUGCUGGUGAUUGGCGCACUCUGCAAGGAUGGGAAACCAUUCGAGGGGAUGGCUGUGUUUGAGAGGAUGCUGAAGCGAGGUUGCCCAGCCAAUGCAGCCAUGUACACUGCGCUUAUUGAUGCGAUGGGAAAAUUCGGGAGGGAGAAGGAGGCAAUGGCACUCUUUGAGAGGAUGAAGGCUAGCGGGAUUGAGCUCGAUGCAGUCACAUAUGGUGUAGUUGUCAACUGCUUGUGCCGGUUUGGGAAUAUGGAUGAGGCACUAGCAUGCUUCAGGAGUUGUGUAGAGAAGGGUGUUGCAGUGAGUGCCAUUUUCUAUACAAGCCUAAUUGAUGGCUUUGGAAAAGCUGGGAUGGUGGACCAAGCACAAGAGCUCUUCGAGGAGAUGAUUGCUAAAGGUUUUGUGCCUGACUCAUACUGCUACAAUGUGCUGAUUGACACGUUAGCCAAAGCAGGAAAAAUGGAUGAUGCCUGUGCCUUAUACAAAAGAAUGGAAGAUGAUGGCUGUGAUCAGACGGUCUACACAUAUACCAUACUCAUUGAUGGUUUGUUCAAGGAACACAAGAAUGAAGAGGCCUUGAAGUUUUGGGACACAAUGAUUGAUAAAGGAAUCACUCCCACAGCUGCGGCUUUCAGGGUUCUUGCAAAUGGGCUCUGCCUUUCUGGCAAAUUUAGCCGGGCUUGCAGAAUAUUGGAUGAACUGGCUCCGAUGGGGGUGAUACCUGAGACAGCCCAUGAGGAUAUGAUCAAUGUGCUGUGCAAGACUGGCAGAUUCAAGCAGGCCUGCAAAUUGGCAGAUGGCAUUGUGCAAAAGGGUCGGGAGAUACCUGGGAGGGUCCGAACAAUGAUGAUCAAUGCACUAAGGAAAGCAGGAAAUACUGAUCUGGCAGUCAAACUAGUGCAUAGUAAGAUUGGCAUUGGGUAUGAAAGAUCUGGCAGCAUAAAAAGAAGAGUGAAAUUUCAGACCCUAUUUGAAUGAGUUGCCGAUGGUUUAUUUAGUGAGAAGACAUGGCGUGAGCUUACACUGAUGUAUCACUUCGCUCCCCAGGCUAUCGGUCUGACGAAAGCGUCCCCUCCUACAGGGUUCUUGUUGAAUCUUUUGGUAGCUCUGAGGAGUUAGGAAAGCUGCUUACACACCGAUUUCGAGUUGAUAAAUUA